AUGGCGGGCGGUGCUAGGUGCAGAGCCCUGCUGCGCGGCUUCCUGUCGCUUUUCUUUGUCAUGUUCCUCCACAUUGGCCACGCCGGCUGCUGCUUCUCGCCGGGCUCUGCCUCGCAGCAGCACGAGGAAGACGACGCCGGCGCUGCCAGCAGCAGCAGCAGCAGCAAGAGGAGGAAGAUAUCGCCGCUCGCCUUCUCCCCGGCAGUGUCGUCCUCUACUGGUGUUGAAGAGAGGGCCGGCGCCAGGCGCAGGGCCAGGCACGUCUCGUCUCUCGCCACCAGUCUCCGGUGCUACAUACACCGCAUCUUCUCCUCCGCCGGGCGUAAGAAUUCUGUUCCAGGCGGAGAGGAGCAGGAUGAGGCCGUCACGACCACCUUGUCGUCGCCGCUUGCUCAGUCCGUGACGCAGCGUCAGGCGUCCGUGGUGCUCUCCACGCCGUCCUCGCCGUGCGCGUCGCCGUUCCUGUCCCCGAUGUCGCCGCAGUCCCUCAGCGUCACUCCGCUCGUGCCGUGCUCGCCGCUGGCGACCAGGCAGCUGUCCAGGUCGUUCGCCGCCCGCGGGGACCUGUUCCCUUGCAAGGUGUGCGGUGAGGUGCUGAGCAAGCCGCAGCAGCUGGAGCUCCACCAGGCGAUGAAGCACUCCCUCUCGGAGCUCACCCACCUCGACUCCAGCAUGAACAUCAUCCGCAUGAUCUUCCUCGCCGGGUGGGGGCUGUCCCCGCCAGGUGCCGGCGAUCCCCCGGCUGUCAGUCGCAUCCUCAGGAUCCACCACAACCCGCGCGCGCUCUCCCGCUUCGAGGAGUACCGGGACCUCGUCCGCUCCCGCGCCGCCCGCCGCUGCGCGGGCGCCAGCGGCGCGGUGGUGGAGGAGCGGUGCAUCGCGGACGGCAACGAGCGGCUGCGGUUCCACUGCGCCACCAUGCUCUGCUCCCUGGGCGCCGGCGUGUGCGGGAGCCCCUACUGCUGCACCUGCACCAUCCUCCGCCACGGGUUUGCGGGGAAGCAGGCGGACGUGGACGGCAUCGCCACCUACUCCUGCGGGUGGGCCGCGCACGCGUCGCUGCCCGACGAGGUGGAGCGCGAGUUCGCGUUCCUGCAGGUGCGCCGCGCCAUGCUGGUAUGCCGCGUCGUGGCGGGACGCGUCGUUCGCGGCGGCGACGGCGACGGCGACAAGGUGGCCUACGACUCCAUGGUGCCCGUGCCGCCGGGCGGCGGCGGACGAGGGGGAGAGGACGACGCCGAGCUGCUGGUGUUCAACCCCCGGGCCGUGCUCCCGUGCUUCGUCAUCAUGUACGGCAGCUAG